AUGGGCUCUGGGCCACGCAGCUUGGCUCAAGGCAAUGCUGCGGCGCGCACUGCAGCCUUGGCCAUUGGUGCCCAGGCAGUCACGAUUCUGGCAGCCAAGGGCAAGGUCGACGAGUGUGUUAUGGCGGCAGCAUCUGUGAUCAAGCCUCUGCUGGCCACCAUGGCAACCGAGACCAGCGCGAAGGCAGUCAAGCUUGACGAUGAUCUGCUGCUCAGCGCUACGUCGAGCCAGGGCUGGACCAACCUGCUGCUUGGCCUGGCGACUGAUAAGAGCGUGACUGGCGCUAGUGUCAGAGUCGCUAUUGGUGCGCUUUCCGUGAUUCUGUCGGUGCUGCCAGAGCUGGUCAAGCUCGCUCCUCACGGAUGGAUUGGCGCUUCCCCAGCUGCUGCUGAUAGCCCGGAGGCCCGGUACCGCGAGUUCCUACGCACCACGUUCAUUGCAGUGGUGUCGCGGCCCAGCGACCUCACCGGAUGCCGACGGUAUCCUGAUCGGCCGCAUGUUGAACCAUCGCAGUGGCUGUCCGACAUCAACGCUGUUGCCCGUUCGCGCUGCCUGCUCUCGUUCCAGGCCCUUGUCAAGCACGCUGCGUCAGGAAAGCCCAAUGCUGUCAAUGACUACCAGACGGUGCUGCCGUCUCUUCUUGUCGCCCUACUUGAUGACGACGCAGGUGUGCGCGGAGCUGCUGCCGCUUGCAUCCAGGCGCUCAAGUCAGUGUACCCUGCGAGCAAGGGCAAAAAGGCACAUCGCAAGAGCAAGGGCGACAAUGCUGAGGCUGAGCAGGACAUCUACAUGUAUGACGAGUUCUACGGCCCCACGUCCGAUAGGCUGCAGUACUUGCCGCUGGACGUUGCGGCAAUGUUUGUGCACCAGCUGGCAUCGCAGUCUGAUGUACUGGCCGAGGACGCGUAUGCAGUCAAGCACCAGUUGGCUGCGAUUCUGAACAAGGGCCAUGUCGGAGGCGAUGCCUCUGUGGCGAAGCUCAACACCAAGGCGCGCGAAAGCGUUGUUGCGUUCCUGCUUGCCCACGUCACUGCUGCUGAUGGUGUUCUGGCGCAGUUCCAGAUCAGCCUUCUGGAGUCUGAUGGGUCUGGCUACGUCGCCGCUGUUUGUGUCGCAGCUGUUCCCGCUGAUUGUCAGCCAUGCCAAGAGCCUGGAGAGCGCGGUGUUAUUGCAGGUGGCUCUGACAAGCACUUUAAUGCUUUGCUCAAGUUCGUCAAGGGCGUGACCAAGAUCCCCAGCUCCAAGUUUGCGGACUGGAGCGCGGAGCUGCGCGCCAAGGCGUAUCUGCAGCAGGUCUCGUUCGAGUGCCUGACAGCCGACUUUGUUGCGUCGUUGGGAUCGCAGCAGGCCCUGGCUGGCAUCACCCAGUGUCUGUUUGACGUGGCGACGCUGGGCAACUCGUACUUUGUGCCGGGGGCUACCAAGGCCACGCUGCGCGAUCUGUUCAGCAAGGUGCCGCUUGACCCGGCCACUGUCGCGGAGAGCCUGGCUGCUAUUGCUGGCAAGAUUUCGCAGGACGACAGCGAUGGAGCCCGUUCGGGCAAGCGUGCGCGCGGAUCGCAAGCCAAGUCGCCGGUGGAUGUGACUGCCGGAGCUGUCAACGCUUCUCGAGUAUGUGCAGUGCUCGGCGCUGCUGUCAGCGAAUCCGAUCCUGGCCCCUGCUCUGUUCUCGCUGCUGUCGGGCUCGGCCGAAUCGCUGGCGGCUCCAGGCCUAAGGAGCUUGUGUCGAUCGACUACCUGAAGCAGCUGGUGCUGACGAUGCUGACGCGUAUCUUUGACGAGGCGAACAAGGCGGGAGCGCUCAUCGAAGAGAGCGUCCCGUCGCUGUUCAGCACCCGCAGGCCGGUGCUUCACCACGUGAUGGCUAUCUUUACGUUCAUGGGUGCCAAUGUGCUGCGUCAGGACGACGAGUACAGCUUCCGUGUCAUCCACCAGACACUGGAGAAGGUGAUUCCGCCGCUGGUCAAGGCAAAGCCCGGCGAGCAGGCUAUCAGCAAGCGCGAGGAGGUUGCCCUGGCGGGUCCGAUCCUGCGCGUGUUUGUUGAUACCCUGUCGCAUAUCCCGCGUCACCGGCGUAUGGCCUUGUUUACGUCGCUUGUCAAGAGUCUGGGCGUCAAGACCAAGGGUGAGGGCUCGUCGAUCGACGACCAGGAGGACAUCUACUCGUUCACGCUGUCGCUGGUGCACGAGUUUGAUGCUUUGCAGCAGCCGAGAAGGAGGCCACCUGCUGACGACAGCGAGCUGGAGUCGGCGGCUGCUGAGCUGUACAUCGACCUGCCGCGUAUGAAUAGCAAGCAGCUGCGCACGUACCGUCUGGUUGUGCUGGACUUUGUACACAAGCUGCUCACCAGCCAGCAGUUCCGGAGCAAGUACCGCGCUACCGACAUCACGCCCGAGGUCAGCCAGCAGCUGUCGUCGGCGGUGUCGACCGUGCUGGAGCUGAUCACCAAGAUGGCCACGCAGUACGGGACAGCUGACGCAGCAGCAGCGCCUGACGACGCAGGCAUCGGACCCCUGAUGGACCGCCGGUCGUUUGUCCAGACCGUCGCCAAGCUCCUGGCCCAGAGCGACUACAAGAUCCGGCGCAAGGUGCUGGCGCUGGCCCACAAGCGCAUCGAGGCAUUCGAUACGCGUCUGUACGAGGCCGACGCCAAGCCGAUCGACGACAUGCUGGAGCUGGUGGGCUCGGUAAUGGAAAUUGUCGACGAGAAGACCGAGGACUCGGCCGAGGGCUUCAGCCAGAAGGAGUUUGUGGCGAACAAGCAGGCGGCGCUUCUGUGCGUGGCAGCCGCGGCCAGACGGCUUGGCUCGCUGCGGCCGGUGGUGUUCACCAAGCUGGUCAAGCGCGUGUCUGGGCCUGAGAGCCUGGAUUCGCCGUACCCCGUUGUCGUGUCGGCGGCGCUGGUCACCGUAGCGGUGCUGUGCAGCGAGCUUGGAUCGCGCCUGAUUCCAAGCCUGCCGAUCUGCGUGCCUGUGGUCGAGGAUAAGGCUGGCGAGUCCGACGACGAGUCCGAGGGCACUGCGCUUGACUCGCUGCACUCGCAGGUACUGGCCAAGGUGGAUGUGCUGCUUACGGCUCUGGCCAAGAACAUCCCGACGCGGCAGCUGCUGCCAGCGCAGUUUGCCUUCUAUCAGAAGGAGGCGUGCAAGCAGGGGCCGGCGGUCAUCGUGCCGUUUGUGCAGUUCGUGGGCAAGACCGGCGGUUCGGUCCAGCGCACGCAGCUGCUGCAGUUCUACAAGCCGCUGUUCAAGUUCUUCCUGUCGGUGUUUGAUCUUGCGCGUAACCCCAGCAUCCCAGUCAUCGAGGCUCGUGCCAUCGAGGACACGACGCUGGAUGCGUUCAUGCGGUUCGUGGUCAAGCUCAGCGAGAAUCUGUUCAAGCCCCUGUUCCUGUCGUUUGUUGACUGGGCCACGACCGAUCCGCUCCUUCUGUCGGCGCCGACGCCUGCACUGUGGUUUGCCAGCGAGGCGCGCCUGCGCGUGUUCUUCCGCGUGCUGAACGUGCUGUUCGACAAGCUCAAGUCCAUCAUCACGCCCUACUACAGCUCGGUUAUUGAUGUUGCCAUCGCGCAGCUCACGCGGUUCGGCGUCGAGGCCGACAGCGUCGAGAUGCAGGACCGCGAGGACCGCGAGGAGAAGCCUGUGCCGAGCAUGCUGUGGCAGGCAAUUGUGCGCUCGGUGUACCAGAGCGCGCUGCACGAUACCAGCGACUUCUGGACCGAGGACACGUUCAACAAGGUGUGCAAGCCGCUGGUUGCGCAGCUUGGCAACACCAAGGUGGCCGAGGGCGACGCCCAGCUGGCGGUCGCUGUCAGCAAUGACGCGAUGUGGAAGCGCAUCAACAUGGACGUGAUGAUGAAGUCCAGGGCCGAUGCGCCGGCUGUGCGUGUCGGCGCGCUGAUUGUGCAGCAGGCGUUCUACGACAAGCUCGGCGAGGAGUUCCUGAUCCUGCUGCCCGAGACCAUCCCGUAUCUGGCGGAGCUUCUGGAGGACGACGACCACCGUGUCGAGCGGGCUACCCAGGAGACCAUCAAGACCAUCGAGUCGUAUCUGGGCGAGUCUCUGCAGUCGUACCUGCGCUAA